CUAGUAAUGAUACCAGCCAACAGGUAGCGUCAUAUGUUGCACAAAAGUUUGUUUCACUACCAUUUCUGUUGUUUUUAGAAUUCAAAAUGCGGUGUUGUGUUAAUUUGUCGUGAGAAAAUAAUUUAAGGAAAAUGUGUGCUAGUAUUUGUUAGUUUGCUGUUCAUGACGUAGUUGUUUGUUUACCUUAUUUAAACAUGUCUUCAGAAGAAUCUGAAGAAAAACCAAAAAUUGCCAGAACUCCUUUGGAUUUGCAGAGGUUAAAACUUGAGAAACUAAUGAAAAAUCCCGACAAAGCGGUGGUGAUCCCGGAGAAGCCGAGGGAGAAGAACACCCCUCACGUGCCGGACUUUGUGCGGAAUGUCAUGGGUUCGAGCGCCGGUGCCGGCAGCGGCGAGUUCCACGUCUACAGACACUUGAGACGGAAAGAAUAUGCCCGCCAGAAGUUCAUACAAGAAAAAGCUGAGCGAGAACUCCUUGAAGAGUCUUAUUGUAAGAAGAUAGAAGAAAAUCGACAAGAAGCAGAAGAGCGGACAGCCAAGAAACGAAAAAAGCGCCUAAAGAAAAAGGAAAAAAUGAAACAAAAGAAACUCAAAUCCAAGAGUAGCAACUUGGAUUCAAGUAAUGACAAACAAGAACAAAGCAGCAAUGAUGAAAGUGAUACCAGUCAGAACUGUACACCAGAUGAUUAAAUUUAAGUAUUGUUAAUAAAAAAAUUAGUUAUAUUUACGCCUGUGUGAAUAUGUUUUUUUGUUAGAAUCGAAUGCAAAUAUGAAUAUCAAAUUAUUCACGAAUACGAAUAUUGAAUUUGAAUAGUAAGAAUGAGAAUUAAGAAUUCCAAUAUAGCAAAUUUUUGACAUUGUGUAACAACUUCUGGAAAAUUAGACAAAUAAUAUAAAGUGAAAUGUUCAUUAGGUUAAGUCAGCUACAAUAAUUUUAUGGAAAAUGUUUGUUAAAAUAUUUAAAUUACAAAAUAAAACAAGUUUUUAACUA